UUCAACAUCCCCCAGCUUUCGCAGCUGCCUUCUCCUGGCCUGAGGCGGGGACUGGCCCAGCAUGAGUAUGCCAUAGCUCCCCAGAGCCAGCUGCACAACACUGGACUCCCCAGCUCUAUAUGCUUCUGACACCCCAAGUACCCCUCCCCACAGAUCUGCGAUAGCACCAGCCACAAAAGGACGGCAGCUGGCAAGGGACACAGCAGGGACAGCUGGGUUCGUGACUCAGGCGUUGGGCUGCAGCUGAGGUGUAACCGACACUCCCUGUGCAGCAGGGCCCCAUAAGUAGCUGUGGAGCUGCCCGGCUGGUGCGACUGGUGCGACGGCACGCUCCAGAACUCACAGGAACUUGUGGACUGCAGGUACCGCUCUCCCACCGGGUUCCCAGUGCCACAGGCCUCCUCUGCCAGCUUGCUGCCCUAGCACCCGCUGGAGAGCGCUGCAGGAACACCGCUGUCCAGGCUGGGCUCAGGGGAAGGGCUGAGGAUGGAGCCGGUUUCGGAGUCGGUCGUGGACCCCGACAUGGAGGAGCUGUUCAGACUUUUCUUGGAUGAAGCUGCCGAGGGUGAGGGCGGGAAUGGGACAUCCAGCACAGAGAUUAUGAAUUUACCCGCCCCUGGCUUCCGGCCCACCCCUGGCUUCCGGCCGUCCAAACAGCCGCUCCACUACUGGAUCCGCGACACCAGCCAGAAGGCCUUCUACCUGCGGGACAAUAGGCUGGUGGCCGCGAACCUGCAGGGUGAAAAUGCCAGCCAGGAAGAAAAGGUCAGCGUGGUCCCCAACAGGGGGCUGGAGCGCAAGAGGUGUCCCCUGAUCCUGGGCAUCAAAGGCGGCAGGCAGGGCCUGUCGUGUGGAAUAGCCAAGCAGCCCCGGCUGCAGCUGGAGGACGUGCACCUCACCGAGCUCUUCGACAAGUAUGAGGAGGCCAAGCGCUUCACCUUCUUCAAGACCUACAACGGCAGCACGCACCGCUUCGAGGCGGCUGCCUACCCAGGCUGGUUCCUCUGCACCUCAGCCCAGGCCAACGAGCCCAUCGGCCUCACCGCCCGCCUGGGGGAAGCUGCUAUCACCGACUUCUAUUUCAAGCGCAAAUAGGCCCCGGGUGGGGGCCGGGCAGCAGGAGCCAGAAACCAGCCCUACCCUUGGGGCACGGUGCUGCUUCAGCCCUGCCCUCUCAGUGGCUAGCCGUGGGGGGGGGGUUAGAGCUACCCACCCCCAAUGGGAACCCCAGGAGGGCAUGGCAGCCUCAGUUUCCCUGUCUUCCCUGGGCCUGUUAGCUCUUUGACUGGCCGGUGCCUGAUCCCCUGGCGUAGCACUGACCAGUACAUGCGACGGGGCUCAGUUUGUCUCCCGGCCCCAGCGCCUUCCCGGGGUUGAAGUCUUAGCUGGCAUGGGAAGCAAGCGACUGAUUUGUACCGGAUCCACUUCUCAGGGCGCACGAGGCCUGGCCCAGCUUUGCUCCCGGUCCCGUUAGAGGGGCUGACGGAGUACUGCUGAUGGGAAGAGAUCUUGGAUUCUAGCCUGAGGCCUGUGUACCUGGCCCGGCCAGUGGGGGUCAAUGCACCCAGCCAGCAGAGAACCAGGGUCACUUGUAGCUGGAAGGACCUUUGGGGGUCGUCUGCUUCAGCUGCUGCCCUGAGGCAGGAUCGAGUCUGACGGGUUUCUCCAGCCUGCUCUUAACCCUCUGGUGCAGGGGGUCCCACAGCCUGUAACCACUGGGGACCUGCUCCGGCACUGGGCCAGCUGCGGUGCUAGGAACUGUCACUCUUGUGUGGCUGAUUUUGGAUGCAGCUGCCCCCUGGGGUUACCCUUGCUAACCCCCUGUCCCCCCCCAAAAAAAUUGCUAGGGCCAGAAGAGGCUGGCGUGUGGGUCCUUGGGGGCCGUAUUCGAGGCACAAGAGGCUAAGUGGCAGGGCCUGGAGGAGUUGGAGCAUAUGGGGUUCAUUUCGGUCUCUUGCUUCAUACCAGCCCCCAACCCCCAUCUGUGGGUCUGGCUUUCCCCUCUCUUUGUACAGGCUGUUUUGAGAAAUAAAACGGCUCUAAAUGCCCAGGGAAUCGCUGCCAA